UGCACCCUCCAAAAAAAAUCAAGAACAAGCAAGCUGAGUUUUUUCGUUUCAGUCUCUCCUAGUGACCUACUCUUCCUUCGUCUCUGAAUGCAUCAUAUUCACACGCCCCUUUCAAAUCCCUAAUCCGCUUCAAAUCCAAUCUUCAAUACCAAUGGAGGAUUCCGAGGGAGUCCUCAGCUUCGAUUUCGAGGGCGGCCUCGACACCGCUCCCUCCGCCGCUGCCGCUCCCUCCGGCCCGCUCGUCCAACACGACUCCUCCGCUGCCGCUUCCGCCGUGUCCAACGGAGGCCCUCCUGCUCCGGCUCCCUCCGCAACGGACCCCGCAGCCGUCAACGUUCCCGGCCGGCGGAGCUUCCGGCAGACGGUAUGCCGGCACUGGCUGCGCAGCCUGUGCAUGAAGGGCGACGCGUGCGGCUUUCUGCACCAGUACGACAAGGCGCGGAUGCCUGUGUGCAGAUUCUUCAGGCUCUACGGAGAGUGUCGGGAACAGGAUUGCGUUUAUAAACACACGAAUGAAGACAUCAAGGAGUGUAACAUGUACAAGUUGGGAUUUUGUCCUAAUGGUCCUGAUUGCCGAUAUAGGCAUGCAAAAUCUCCUGGACCUCCACCUCCUGUUGAAGAGGUCCUUCAGAAGAUCCAACAUUUAUAUUCCUACAAUUAUAAUUCAUCUAACAAAUUUUUCCAACAAAGGGGUUCUAGCUAUGCCCAACAAGCUGAAAAAUCCCAGCUUCCUCAAGGAACUAAUUCUACAAAUCAAGUGGUGGCUGGAAAACCAUUACCAGCAGAGUCGGGAAAUGCCCAGCCACAGCAACCAGUUCAACAGUCUCAGCAGCAGGUCAGCCAGAGCCAAAUGCAAAAUGUUGCUAAUGGCCAGCCUAAUCAAGCCAGUAGAUCUGCUACCCCUUUACCUCAAGGAAUAUCUAGGUAUUUUAUUGUUAAAAGUUGCAAUCGUGAAAAUUUGGAGUUAUCUGUACAACAAGGAGUAUGGGCAACUCAAAGGAGCAAUGAAUCCAAACUAAAUGAAGCAUUUGACUCUGUGGAAAAUGUGAUAUUGAUUUUCUCAGUCAACCGUACUAGACAUUUCCAGGGUUGUGCAAAGAUGACAUCUAGAAUUGGUGGUUCUGUUGCUGGGGGUAACUGGAAAUAUGCUCAUGGAACUGCACAUUAUGGGCGAAACUUCUCAGUUAAAUGGUUGAAGUUAUGUGAACUGUCUUUCCACAAAACUCGUCAUUUAAGAAAUCCAUACAAUGAAAACUUACCAGUGAAGAUAAGUAGGGAUUGUCAGGAGCUGGAGCCCUCUAUUGGAGAGCAACUGGCAUCGUUGCUUUAUCUUGAGCCAGAUGGUGAACUUAUGGCCGUUUCAGUUGCAGCCGAGUCUAAACGGGAAGAAGAAAAGGCAAAGGGAGUGAAUCCAGAUAACGGAGGAGAAAAUCCAGAUAUUGUUCCAUUUGAAGACAAUGAAGAAGAGGAAGAGGAAGAAAGUGACGAAGAAGAGGAGAGCUUUGGUCAUGGUGUAGGGCCAGCUGGUCAAGGCAGGGGUAGGGGCAGAGGAAUGAUGUGGCCACCUCAUAUGCCUCUUGGGCGUGGAGCCCGACCCAUGCCUGGAAUGCAGGGCUUUAACCCUGUAAUGAUGGGUGAUGGGUUAUCCUAUGGGCCAGUUGCACCUGAUGGUUUUGGUAUGCCAGAUCUUUUUGGUGUGGGACCGCGUGCUUUCGCACCAUACGGUCCCAGGUUCUCUGGUGAUUUUGGAGGUCCCCCGGCCGCCAUGAUGUUUCGUGGGCGACCUUCUCAACCAGGGAUGUUUCCGGGUGGUGGGUUUGGGAUGAUGAUGAAUCCUGGACGUGGUCCCUUCAUGGGGGGAAUGGGGGUUGCAGGGGCAAAUCCACCGAGAGGUGGCAGGCCGGUUAAUAUGGCUCCAAUGUUUCCGCCACCUCCACCCCUACCUCAGAACACAAACCGUCUUGCCAAAAGAGAUCAAAGAGUUAGUGAUAGAAAUGAUAGGUAUGGUUCGGGAUCAGAGCAGGGUAAGAGUCAAGACAUGCUGAGUCAAAGUGGUGCACCUGAUGAUGAGAUGCAGUAUCAGCAAGGAUACAAAGGCAACCAGGAUGAUCAUCCUGCUGUGAACAACUUCCGGAAUGAUGACAGUGAAAGUGAGGAUGAAGCACCUAGGAGGUCAAGGCAUGGCGAAGGGAAAAAGAAAAGGCGAGGCCCAGAAGAUGUCAAUACAAACUACAAUCAUUAGCUUACCUUAUGCUUUCACCAAGCACUCCAUAUUCAUGAUCCACUAACCAGGAUGCAAGUUUCCAAUGCUUUGUUUCAUAGAUUGCUUUGUUUCAGAAAAUAUUUGAAAUUCUGUUCACUGAUCAUAUAAUUUUUACAUAUGGUUCAUUGGAUAUUUAGUAUUUAAACGUAUCAGAAUCAAGAUGGUACUUUAGUAUGCUUGGUGAAUGUACACCUACAUGUAUUUGUAAAGGAAUCGUAUGGCACUGGGUCACUCACUGAUUAAAAUUCAAUUCUGAGUGGCUAACAGCAGUUUUGUAUAAACUCAAUUUUUUUAGUCUAUAAA